AUGUCAGGAAAUAGCCAGAGACCCGAGACAGAGGUGAACUGUGGUGCACAGUCCUUGGUGGUCACUGAGAACAUUGCACUCUGCAGCCAUAGAACACAAAACCCUUUAUGGAGGAAGUCACGUUUGCUUUCUUACAGGCACACGGGCAGUGCCAGGAAGAGUCUGAGAGUUCUUCCUUCAGCACAGAUCCCCUUUCUCAGCGUCUCCGCUGACUGGGACGAUGCCUUGGGGAAGCCACUGGGAGCAGAGGGAGCUGCGCACGCUGCUGCAGACACGCGUGGGGACGGCGACGGCCACGCAGACCGUGUCGCAGAGGUUACGUGGUGUGACAGCCGUGUGUGUGUGUGUGUGUGUGUGUCGCUCUCCGCCCUCGCGUCUCGUAUAGCCCGGCAUGCGAACUUCCCGGCGCUGAGCCCGGAGCGCCGCCUUUGCUCCGGAACGAGCAGCAGCGAUGUCACCGCCUGGGACAAAGAGUUUGUGCCCCGACCUGAGCGCGACGGGCGCUUAACCCCUUCCUCCCUAGGAACCACGGCGCCAGGCUUUGCCUGGGACCACGGAAAACUCCCAGACAGCAAAGCCUCCACCUCCAGAGGCCGUCCCGAGCUUUGGUGAACUCCAGCGAGGCAGAGCGGGCUCGGGCUGCCCUUCCCCGAGGGUUCCCCACUUACUGCGCUGUGUGCGGAAGCAGGGCUGGCCCCAGGC